CUUGUUGUACCGAGGCAAAACGCACUAAAAACCAAAAGCCCUUUCCGUGCAGCGAUUGAAAGUGGCAGUGAUGUGGAAUCGAUCGAUUUUGAAGUUCUCGUCGCGAAUGAAGUGGAAGAAAAUCCAAGCUCGGGAUCGUCGACCUUAAGGGAGUAUGGCACGGAUUUCGACUCCGUUUCUACUGAUGGUAACACAUCUAGAGCUGAUCCCAGCAGCGGUAAAGCAAGCACGAUCGAGGAGGUUUCCCACCGAGACGAGCCCGAAAAGGAAAAUCAAUCGUCAAAAAUCCGAACGCGAAAGAAGAGCCAAGAAAAAUCAUUGGAGCUCAAAUCUAAGCAGAAACGGGUAGUGGCACCGCCAGAAAAGGAGUCUGAAUCCUCGAGGAGGCUUUCUAGUCGUUCACUGUCGCCGGUGGCUUCUCACAAGCCAUCUCGGAAGGGUAACGAGCGUAAACUCUCGUCUACGGGGAAGAACUUAAGAAGACCUGCACCAGUGGCUAGAAAUUCUUCGGAAGAUCGAUCACCUCUUUCUCCAGCGAAUGAUAGGCCGACGAAUAGCACCGAUGAUGGCACUCAGACCGAAGAACCGAAGAGAGCGACACUUCCCAGAGUUCUGCUCAACGAAUGUUCACCAUGUAACGAAGGACGUCUUCGUACGCAUCUUCAACUUUUGAAAGAGUUCAACAGGUUGGAAUGGACGUCACUGCAGGAAUGGAACGCUAUUCUUGACGACAUACGCGAGAAAUACGAUGGUCCUUCGACGGCGAAGCUCAAAGCGGUCAUAGAGAGGCGCACUAAUCAAUUCAACAUGAUGUUAGAGGUUCGUUCAGCAAUCAAUACUUCGAAAAUGGAUGAAAACGGGUAA